CUACUGGGAUGGCGGUCAAUGAGCCGGUGACGGGAUCGCUACGGUGGUGCUAUAGCCUAUAAGUAUAACUUUACCGGUUUUCUGCACUCUUCGAUGCUGGAUCAGACUCCCCAAGCCCCAAUCUCCUUUCCGUAUACUCUUCUCUUUUACUUCCAUGGGAUCGCUUUGCCUUCCAAGCCAUGGAGUGAAGUCCAUUGUCUCCACUCUUUCUAGCAAUGCUAGUCACGGCUUCAACUCGCUAUACGGUUCUCGAUCCCCCUUCGAACUCGGCAUGGGAGUGAGAAUGUGUAGAUCUAUUAUUUCUUCAAGGUCUCAUGAAAUAUUUAGCAAGGUUAGGGAAAUCAACCUUGCCAACCGUCUCGUUGGAGGGGUGUAUAACCAAGGCAUCGAAGGAAGUGUUUUAGAGGAAAAAGAUUCUGAGAUGUUAGAGAUUGGUCUCCCGUUGAAAUAUUUUGUCGGUAGGGCUCAUCCGCUUGGAGCAUCAAUAGUUGACGGUGGAAUCAAUUUUGCUUUGUUUUCUCAGCAUGCAUCUUCAGUAAUUCUCUGCAUAUCCAUCUCCGAGAGGAAUGGUGUUGUAAAGCUGCUCAAAAGCAGGAUUGAAGUUCCAUUAGAUCCUCAAAAGAACAAAACUGGAGACAUAUGGCAUAUAUGUGUUGAGGUUUGCGUUGAAUAAUCAUUGUACUUUUUGACAAGCUUAUCUUAUGCAGAUGCUAUCUAAUUCAAUUCCUUUUUUUCAUUGGAAACGUUCAUAUUUAUCCUAUGAAUUAUAGGCAUGCUUUGGUUCAUGUACAGUUUAAUAAAAAAUGAACGUGGUAAUGUAGAA